AUGAAGCUCGAGUCAGCAGACAAAGCGAAACACCAGGAUACUGAAGAGGAGUUGCGCCCAGAAAGUCUGCGAAGUGAUACUGAACACAGCUUGCAUAGCAGCUCGAUACACAGCCCAGCGCCAAGCGCACCAUCAUCAACGAUGGAUGCCGAGAAAAAUGAAUCGAAACAACCUCCACGGAACCACCUUACCGAACGCGAAAUUGCAAUGAUGAUCUUCAAUCCGAAUCUCUGA